AUGAAUGGAGAAUUACAUGCUUACUAGGAGGUGACCUUAUUGAUAGGAUUGUUUCAUGUGUAAGAACAGUAUUCAAGAGCAGCUAUAACAGUCCUAUAAUAACAUAAUCAGAAUAUGGCAGAGGCGCAUCAAGCUCGAGUGACAAAGGCUGUAGAAGAUAUGGUUCAAAGCCUGGAGCGAGAUCACAUACGCAAAAUGCAGGGGCGUAUGUUCAGGUGUAGCGCAGACUGCUGUGACCGCUCUACAGACAGCAUGACGCAGGUGCAUCAGUGCAUCGAACGCUGCCACACACCCCUGGCUCAUGCACAAGGGACAGUGACUGCGGAGCUGGAAAAAUUCCAGGACAGAUUGAGCCGCUGCACCAUGCACUGCAACGAUAAGGCGCGAGACCUCUUCGACACGGGGGCGAAGGAACCGGCCGUCCGAGCCCUGAUGGAGCAAUGCGUGGGCAGCUGUGUGGACGACCACAUCAACCUCCUGCCCAGCAUGACCCGCAAGCUUCAGGAGAACCUCGAUUCUAUAUCGCAGUCACAGUGACCGGGACGCGGAAAGCUGGAGGGGGGGGGGGGGGGUCCCAUCAGAGCAGCAGGGGACGAAGCGGUGUCGAGAAGUCCCGAACGGGAUUGAUAUGUAUGGUUAAUCAGAUUCAAAAUAGGACCGGCAAGAGGGUUAUGAGAUGUUAUUGUUUGGGUAACGUGACUGACCAAAGCCAAGGGGUGGUUUGCAAAAUCAUCUUGAACAAUCAUGGUAAAGACCGCUGGACUGGGAAGAGCAACUGACUGUUGCUGAAAAUACUGAGUAUGGUGUUUCAUGUUAUUUUAUCACCUUUGACUUAAGACCACAUGAUGCUUGCCAGCUAUGAUGUCAUGGUCACUAAAGUUUACUUGUUUCCUACUCACGCCAUCAGGCUGUAGGUUACGAGACCUAGUGUUUGAGUCGCCUGCCUGAAAAGUCAUGUAAGUCCGUCUAAAACUUCAGUUGUUGACAACUGCUAUAUCUGUCCGUCUCUAAUGAAAGGAUGUCAGUCAACACUUUGUGUGUGCAUGCCUUGUGUUUGAUAAAAUGUUGGAAGAUAUUCGGAAGGGGAGAGGGGUUGUUUGGUUUGGUGCUCAUUCAUACACAUCUGCCUCCUGAUUGUGAUGGGUUUUCCUUGGUGAAACCAGUUGUGAACUGUGAAGCACUUGACUUCUUGACAUUGUGCUCUUGUUUGUUUUUGUACAGACAAUAAAUCAAAGAAUUAAAUCAAA